UGUUAAUGUUUGUGUACGUGCAGCGGCAGCAGCAGGCCUGGUAAAGUUCCGGCAGCUGAGGGUUAGGCUGCUGGGGCACAGUAGCAAAGGACCCGCCCGCUACCCCGGCAGUCUUUAAAUUCUCGCGCACUUGGGCUGCCCUGUGCACUCACCUGCUAGUCUGCAGCGAGUGGCCCAUCUCUCUACGCUCCGAGACUCUUGUCCACUGCUUUAGACGGGAGAUGUUGUUGCUUGAUUGCGAUCCGGAGGUGGAUAGCCUGAAGUAUUUGCUGGAGGCGGGGGCUUCUGUCAAUGCACCCCCGGAUCCUUGGGAGCAGUCGCCUGUCCACUUGGCUGCAGGUGGCGGCCUUGCUUACUUUCUUCUCUGGCAGCUGCAAACAGGUGCUGAUCUCAACCAACAGGAUGUUUUGGGAGAAGCUCCACUCCACAAGGCAGCAAAAGUUGGAAGCCUGGAAUGCCUUAGCCUGCUUGUAGCCAGUGAUGCCCAAAUUGAUUUAUGUAAUAAGAAUGGGCAAACAGCUGAAGAUCUUGCUUGGUCAUGUGGAUUUCCGGAAUGUGCUAAGUUUCUUACAACAAUUAAAUGUAUGCAGACAAUAAAAUCAAGUGAACAAUCUGACGGGGAUCACUGUGUUCCAGUGUUCAGACAGAAACGAAGUUUUGGAAGUACAGAAAAUACAAAUGGGAAAAGGAGGUGCUGGUAAGUCACUUAUAUCUGAUUCUUCCUUUCUCACUCAAGAUUCUCUUUUCUAGCAUAGAAUUUAUUGUUUCACUUAAAAUUGAUAUUCUUAUUUCUAGGAUUAUCUCUUCAUUAAUAUUUUAAUACUGAUUAUAGUUUACUACUACUACUAGAUUCUAGAGACUAACAUUUACUCUGCAUAGUGGAAAUUUGGGGAGAAAACAUUUUUUAAAAAAUGUUUUUAAUGUUAACAUUUUUUGA